ACCAUAGCAACGCGCGCAGCGGGAACGCGCCUCGGAUCUAGCGGCAGCCUGGCGUUACGCGGUUAGCUAGCUGUAUAUUAAUAUAACGUAACACCAGUUUAGUUAACAGCGAUUAAAUGCUUCGCAAAGGCGUGUUGUAUAACUUACGCUGUGUCGACGGUUACCUUCGCACAUGAUUGAUGUGCAGUAUAGCUGCUGCCAUACGAAUUUAAGCUGUGACAGUUGGAGGUGGCCGCUAGGUAGCUGCGCUUUCCAAACAGAUGGGAAGAAGUUAUGAAAAUUCACGCAAAAAUGACUACAUAACAACUAAAAAGUUCGCUUAACAGCGAGACGGUGUACUAAGCCAGCUAACUGGAGUGUUGUAUCUACUUUCCUGACUUCUUGUGUGGUCAAAUGUACCCUAACUGGCUAACUUUUAUAACUUUGAAUAGUCUGGGAAGUGGAAUAAAAGGAAAUACAUUCAGACUGAUUUCAGGUGAAUUAAGCGCAGAGUGUUACGGAGCGCCAGCAACGCCGGACAUGGCUGUAUAAGAGACGGGCUGUCUGCUAGCUCUAUGAGGGGCGAUACCAGGAGGGGACCUCCGCCGGUCUCUGGCGGCGGCGCUGGAAGUGGCUCCCGUGAGACAGUGCCGCGGAGGAUGGAGUACAGAGUCGGCUACACCUGGAACAGGGGAGGGAGGCUGAAGGAACUCAGAAUAAGACAUCUGGCACGGAAGUUCUGGUACCUGUGGAUCUGGAAGACGUUUGGCCGGGUGCAUCCAUCCAGAGCUAGGUGUCAUCACCGGAGAGCAGUCCUGCAGAAAGCUCUGGAUGGAUGGAAGGAGGAGUGGUGGAUCAGCAGAAGGGAGUGGUCACUGUCUGUGCGUGCGGACUGUCAUUACAGGUACCAUCUGUAUAACCAGGCCUUUUCUGGCUGGCAGGAGUAUGUACGUAUGAGGGAAGAGAAGAGAAGAAUGUUGAAAAAAGCAGAAAGUUACGCUGAGGGACAGAGGCUGGCCAAGGCUUGGGAGAGCUGGCAGCUGUACUUGGAGGUGCGGAGGAUCAAAUUACGGAUGCAGGAGAAAGCGAUGCAGCAACGAGAGCAUGGAGUCCUGCGAUCUGCAUGGAGCCGGUGGAGGAGCCGCCUGCAGCUACGGCAAGAUCAAGGCCUCAUGGAAGAGGCAGCCCUCCAGCACUGGGCCCUGGCCCUGCAGAGUCGGGUGUGGCUGCAAUGGAAGGUGGUCUACUUGCAAGCCAUCAGCCAAAGAAAUCAGGAGACCAGAGCUGCCCAGCAUUACAGCCGUGGGCUGAAGAGAUUUGCUCUUCAGGCUUGGGCCAGAUACCUACACUACCGUCAAGUCAAGAAGAAGCGGCAGGCUGAAGCCAAACAUUUGUGGCAGCUGAAGGUGCUGUCCCAUUGCUGGCACAUGUGGCAGGAUGCCGCCUGGCGUGAGCAGCAGCAGAGGGACAAGUGGCAGGUGGUGGCCACGUUGGCACAGCGGAGCAGGCAACGCCGCGCCCUGGUUCGCUGGACAGCCUACAUGGGGCUGCGUCCGGAGCAGAAGGAGAGGGAGCAGAUUGCGAUGGAGCACGACGGCAGGCGGCUGUUGCACCUCGGAUUCCGGCUGCUGGCCUGGAACGUGCGUGAGAGCAAGGCCCGGCGGGUCAACCAGAUUCUAGCCCUUCGGCAACACCAGCACUGCUUGACUGUCCAGUUUUGGAAACACUGGCAGCAGCGUUAUGAGGAAGCAGAGGAAAGAAAGCUGCAGCCAAAAAUGGAGACGGCCUGCAGACAUUACAGCACGGUUCUGCUGAAGUCCUCCAUUCGGCGCUGGACAGAGUACGUGACAGAGCACAGGCUGGCACAGGAGAUGGAGCAGAAAGCCCAGGCCUGCUUUGUGAGACGGGUUCUGCCUCGGUGUCUCGGAGCCUGGGUGGAGUUUGCUGCUAGGCGGAGGCUGACCAGAGAACAGAAGGAGGUGGCAGAGGUCUACAGACAGCAGCAAACCUACAGCUGGGUGUUUUACACCUGGUGGGAGCGUUCGGUGGAGCAGAGGGAACUUCGACUGGCAGAGAGGAUGGCCAUUCUACACGCGGAGCAGUCAGUGCUGAGGCAGGCCUGGGAGCACUGGCGACGCAGAGCAGACGAGGACCGUCUGCAGCAGGAGAAGCAGGUGUCCGCAGGGCAGCUGUACCUGCACACGCUGGGACGCCGCACACUGAGGGAGUGGAGACUCAACGCCACCUUAAUGCAAACUGAGAGAGAAAGAAUGAAUCAGGCGCUGAGACAUUAUCAAAUGUUCUGUGUGAGACGGGCCUUAAACUGCUGGAAAAAGUAUGUCCAGUGCAGGAAAUCGAAGGCUAAGCAGGUGGAGCGGGUCCAUGACCACUACACCAGCAGGCUGCUGACAGGCGCUCUGGAAGGGUGGAAGGGUUACCACCAACAAAGACAGGCAGUCUACCACACCGUGGAGGAGUUAGAGAGAGGACAGCACCAAGUCCUGCUCAGGGAAGUGCUCAGUGUGUGGAGGAGGAACACAGUUCAGCUGGCGGCAGAGAGGAUUCAGUACGAGGAAGCCAGUCAGCACUACCAGCACUGCCUUCUGUCAAAGUCCUUUCAGGCAUGGAGACAGACCAGCGAGCGUUUGCUGCUGUGCCGUCAGCAGCAGUGCGAGAUGGUGAGGCGAGCCCAGGCUCAGAUUCAGCGAGUACUCCUGCGGCAGGUUUUUAAGCGAUGGAGGGAGAGGAGUAGGGCGCUGGUGGAGGAGAGGACUGGCAUGGAAAAGGCCAAGCAGCAUCACCGGGCAGUCCUGCUAGGACGUGCCCUGCAGGUGUGGAAGCUGUACCAUCACAGGAAGAAGCGUCUGUGGAUCUUAAAGAGACAGGCCACCUGCUUGCUGACUCACAGAACCUGUCUGCGAUACUUGACAUGCUGGAAAACACAGCUGCAGCUCAGACAGAAAGAGGCGGAGCUUACUGAGGUGGCGCUCUGGCAUUGGUCUCUAAACCUACAGGCCAAGGUGUUGGACAUCUGGAAAGACUGGGUCAGAGAGCAGCACCGAAAGCGCCACCGGCUGGGCCAGGCGGUUCAGCUCUACCGGGAUGGGCUGCUGAGGGAGGGGGCGGUGCGCAUCCUGACCUACACCACGGACAUGAGCUCCUUCCGGGCCAGCUCGUCCCAGCAAACCCAGGAGCAGAGCUCCCGGAAGCUGCAACGGGUGGUGUGGCGCUGUGCCAUGCGCUGGAAACAGCGAGCCCUGUGCCAGGCGGGCAGAGCGGCGGGAGGCCCGUCCAGGAAGAGGGUCUCUUUCAGCCUCCCUGUGCCCCCGGCCGGUAACACCAGCAUCCCCUGGAGCCGCGAGGCUGAAGGAGGAGCCGGAGAAGAGCACACAGCAAGUCAGAUGCUGGCAGCAAGGGCUGCACGUCUGCAGCCGCGCCGAUCCGAGCAUCUGCUCUACUCUCUGGAUACAGAGCCAGCGCGCAGUGCUGCACAGAGCAGCAUGCAGUGUCUGGUGUCAUCUGCUGAGCCUUCAUCCGUCACUCCAGGAAAAGGCCUUUGCCCCAGUGGUCCUGUGCUUCUCCAAGACCUGAUUCUGAAAGGGCCCAACCACACUGGGCCAUUAGGCUUGCGGAAGGAACCCGUUAGCGAGGAACCGCUGCUGCCCCCUUCCUGCUUCAUGACCUUCCCCAAACCCCAGCAUGAACUCCCAAGGUCAGAGGUUAAGUAUAGCGGCCAAUCAGACGUGCUGCUCUCCCCUGAUAAGUUUACCACAGUGGAUUGUGGGAGAUCUGAUGAGGAGGAGGAAGAGGAAGAUCAGCUGAGUCAUGGGAGGUGCACUAUCGACCCCACCACUGCACUCACUGAAGAGCUGCUCAGCAUUCGACAGGAUAUGCUGCGUUAUCAGGACAACAAGAAGCAGCUGCAGGCCUGGCGCAGACUGGCAGAGGUGUUGCGAAGCUGGCUGCGGACCAGUGCCAGCGAUGGCGAAGAGAGUGGAGACACCAGGCAGGAGCUAGCGGAGCUGGAGGCCAGGAUGACCAGGCUGUCAGGGCAGCUGGAAGGUGAAAAGGCUACCAUGCAGAGUCACGCCAGCAGGAUUCGUCACACGACCAGCAUGCUGCAGGAGUUGCGCCUCGGUUCGGCGGAAAGUGCAGCGCGUGGCACAAAGCCAGAGUGAGGACGGGAUCCUCGAGACCGAGGCUUGCAGGAGAAGACUGCAGGUUCUGCCAUUCUGACUGGAUACAGAAUGAGAAUCCAUCAUGGAGCCAAAGCUUUUACGCACCAAAAAAAAAUACGAUAGUGUGAAAGGUUUAUAUUUUUUUCCAUUGUACUUAUUGUAGUUUGCUACAGUUAUGACAUUCUGUGAAUUAUCUUUUUUGUAAUAAUUUACCAGAUGGUUAUUGCCUUUAUUCCCCAAUACAGAACAUGGGCUGAAAUGCCCUCUGUUUUACAUCUGUUUUGAGACUUUUUUGCACUGUUAAAUUUAUGACAGUUUAGUUAUGCUGGAAUAAUGUCAUGUACAGAAAAUUAUUUUUGUGACUUUUUAAAACAAUAAACAAUAAGGAAAACUGA